GACGAGAAGCUGCCUGCCUCAAGGACCUCGAGGCGGACUGGUGUCUUAGUGCAUUGCGUUGCAGACUAGUCAAAGCUAAGUGAACGUGUUUCGCUGAGAGCCAUCGUACACUACCCAAAGGGGCAUUGAAUUCUAGUUUUGACAUUCUGCGCCUCGAUAACAGCAGCUCAAAAGCCAAUUCUGUACCAGUUGUGUGACUACAAUUGUCAAAUUCAAAUUGCCUCGAUGUUCCUCAUGAUGAAUUCGCAUCAAAGUCUUCUCGAGGAGAUUGACCGCGAACAACGUUUCAAGCACAUAUUGGAACAGUCGAUUCGUGAUCUAGAGCAUUCAGUAUCACAGUUAGAAGCGCGCAGUUCGUAUGAUACAUCCAGUGAUGCUAACGAAUGGAAGCUUCGAUACAUGACACAGGUUGAGCUGAAUCGUCAACUUGACCAGCAGAAAGGCUGGUUAAGGGAACAGGUAGCCGGUGAAAUUGACCGACCUGGUUUGGCCGGUCUCCAGGGCCUAGAGCUAGAUACACUUUCUGAGGCACAGCUUCUACGAUGUCUUCGUCAGCUGGAAAAAGAACGGGAUAACCUAUGCAGUGACAUCAAAGAUCACGAGUGGCGACUCGAUCAAGAAUCUAAAGCUUUCCAUAAAUUUGAUGAAGCGCGAAAAACGUAUCACACAGAAAUACACGAUGCGAUGGCCAAUUUGGAUACAUUGCGCUCGAAAGUAAAGAUGAUCAGUAACGACUACAUUAUGUUCAGCAAACGAAAAGGAAACAUUUUACCGAAUCAACGAGUCCUGGAUCCGAAACGGGGCCCAAUAAAAAAAAUUGCCGCUGUACGCAGCCUGCCAAAGUUGAACAGCGGAGAUCGUGAAAGAAAUUUGGGGCAUCUUAGUGAAUAACAAUGCUGCGCUGACACUAAAAAUAAGGACAAUGGAUGUGAGAGAAAAAAAAAAUAAGGUUUGUCUCCUGUCCUCACUGUAUCCAUCAUACGAGUUUUUCUGUCACAGGUUGACAUUUAUAAGGAGACGCCUUUAAAAACACCAACUGGAUACAAUUAACAAUUCAGUAGCAUUUCCUGUUAGAACAAAUUGUAGAAGGUGAUUUAGCUAUUUUUCGAUUAACAAUAACGAGCAAUUAUCUCAAUGUGUAGCAGUCAAAUUUGUGGCAGCUCUGCAUAAUAAAAGACAAAAUUAGCAGUACGGCUUUUUAGAAGUUCGUCUAUUUAGCGUACGCCGGUCGGCAAUAUAUAAUUCUGAGCUAACUUUGUGUUGUGUACGAAAGUUUUAAUUAGUAGUCAAAACAAGUAUAAUUACUAGUGCUAAGAACUAUGAAACUGUUCCCCAGAUAUAAUUUCACUUUAUAUAUUAUAAGCUGAAAUAUAUAUAUAUAUAUAUAUAUAAUGUAUAGUGAAACUACAUUAGUUGAGGUUAUAUUGAUUUCUGUCAGUCAAAAAAUAUUAAUGUGGACGGGACCACCUUUCGGGAAGUUAUCGUGUCAAAGAUGUUAACGUUUCUUCAUUUCGGGUAUCGAACGCUAACAUGGAUCAAGCAAUUUCGAUUUAGUAUAUUUAAUUAUUUUGAUUGAAUCAUUUGAUAUAUUAUAUCUGUUAUUAGGUAUGUGAACGGAUAAUUAAAAUCAAUUACGGAUGACUAUAACAUAAUCAUGAGAAUAAAACUCUGACCAAACGUUUUUUGCCGAAUGUUUAGAUAGAACAUACUCGGUGAUGUUGCAAGUAUUGUACACGUUAAUAAAAAAAAUGAGUAUAAAAAUUAUCCAGUAUAUAUUUAUUCGAUCCAGAGAAGUAUGGCCGUUCCGCAUAGGAUUCCCAUAAUCUGUCAAGAAAGAAAGCAAUUCAUUGCGGAAAAGAAUCACUAUCCGAAAAAAAACUAUUCAAAAGUCACUUUGUCAUUGAGUUUGUUAACCCUACACAAAGACAAAUAGAAGGUAAGAACGAAUGUUAAUGUUAAUUAAGAUUGCACUGAACGCUGAGUGCGGAAUCUGUGCAAUUUACUUACCU